AUGGUGACGACGACAUAAGUUCACAACAGCCACAAAAUUCAUACAUUACUGAUUCCAUGAAAUACUCCCGACAUAUAUUUUAACAAGACUAUUCCUUAUAACAACCUACCAACUUUUAUAUUAAGAAAAGAGGAUAAGAGAAGUGAACAAAUUGAAUGUUUAUUUGUGUGCGGACCUCAGACUUCAGCUCACCGUUCAACCAUGGAGUCAUCUGGUACUCCAUCAUGUGAACAAAGUGAUAAAUCAAAGCGAUAUGACCGUCAGUUGAGAUUAUGGGGUGACCAUGGGCAAACAUCUUUAGAAAAUGGUCAUGUUUGUCUUAUUAAUGCCAGUGCAGCAGGAACAGAAACACUGAAAUCAUUAGUUUUGCCAGGAGUAGGAGCAGUCACCAUUGUUGAUGAUGCAAAGGUCACACCAACCGAUGUUGGCAACAACUUUUUUGUGGAUAGUGAUAGUGUUGGACGACCACGAGGAGAAGUGGCGCUACGUCUCUUACUAGAGCUGAAUCUUGAAGUUCGGGGGACGUUUGUUGACCAACCUCUGCAGGAGAUUCUAGACAAUCAGCCAGAUUUCUUUGUCCCGUUUACCUGUGUUAUUGUUACCUGCUUGCCAGAAUGUACACUCUUGAUGCUCUCCAAAGUGUUGUGGGAAGCAAGCAUUCCUUUGGUGGUUAUUCGCAGCUAUGGCAUGAUAGGUUACAUCAGAGUGCAGAUUGAAGAACAUGCAAUUGUUGAGAGUCACCCUGACAAUGAGAUGCCUGACCUGCGAUUGGACAGACCCUUCUCUGCAUUGCAAAAAUAUAUGGAUAGCCUUGACCUUGAUUCUAUGGACUCCAAGGAACAUUCUCACGUACCUUACGUCGUCAUUCUUUAUAAGCAUUUACAGAUUUGGAACCAACAGCACGGAGGACCACCCAAAAAUUAUAAAGAAAGAAAAGCAUUUAUCGAGCUUUGUAAAACAGGUAUGAGAGAAAAGGAGAAUAGUGAGAUUGAAGAAAACUUUGAGGAAGCAGUAAAGGCAGUGAACACCUCCUUAUUGCCUACAUCGAUACCAUCUGGAGUACAGUCCAUCCUGAAUGAGGCAGCCUCUAUCACACCAAGUCCUACAACUAAACCCUUUUGGAUAAUGGCCCGAGCCCUUCAUGAAUUUGUUACUUCAGAGGGUCGCGGAGCUUUACCAGUGAGGGGAACUAUACCAGACAUGACCGCAGACUCUGAGAAAUAUAUCAAGAUCCAAAAUCUGUAUCGUGAGCAGGCGGCACAGGAUGCUGACUGGGUGUUAAGAAGAGUGCAGGAACUUAGUCAACAGUUGGGUCCAAGAAAGAUUGUGACAUCACUAGAGAGUGAUAUAAAAAACUUUUGUAAGAAUGCUCAUGCCUUACGAGUCAUUAAGGGUAAAUCCAUUGCGGAGGAAUAUAAAGGAAGCAUCAACCUUGGUGAAAUUGGUGCACACUUAGAGAACCCCGAGAGUGAGCUGGUCUGGUACGUUAUGCUCCGAGCUGUAGAUCAGUUCCACUCUGAGUUUCGAGCCUAUCCUGGCUAUUUUCAGGAUCAGGUGGAAACUGACAUUGUUAGAUUGAAGGUUUGUGUGAAUAGGUUAUUAGCAGAUUGGGGUUGUGGUCCCAUUGUCAAAGAUGACUUCAUCCACGAGAUGUGUCGGUAUGGAGCAGCAGAGGUACAUUCAGUAGCUGCAUAUAUUGGUGGAUGUGCAGCCCAUGAAGUCAUAAAGAUAAUUACUAGCCAGUAUGUUCCCAUCAACAACACACACAUUUACAAUGCCAUAACUGCAACUUCAGAAACUUUUAUGCUGUGAUUAUGGUGUGUUGGAUAGCUAGCAAUAAUGAGUCAUGUUAUCAUGUCUCAAACAAAAUAUAUUUAGUAAAAUAUUUACCAUUAUGAAGAUAUUAAUAAAGAAAAUAUGACCAUGUCACAUUGAAAUUGGUAAUAGAAAAAUAAUAUCUUUGCUAGAGUUGUAAUUCAAAAUGAAAAGUUCAACAUCAGAUCCACUUUUUGUGUUGUACUGUACCUUUUUUAUCAGCAAAAAUUGGAGGGAGAUUUUAGCGAACAAAAGAAAUCUAUAAUAUGUUAUGUAUUGGGAAAAAUUAAUGCAGUAUAAAACAAACUUAUACCAAUUCUGUGAUAACUUCAGAAUCAUGUAAUUAAGUCGUGUUAUGGGUGGUUUUGGUGCAUCACAUUUGGCAGUUUUGUUUUCUCCAAGUGCACAAGGUUGGGAAUAAUUCCAUAAAAAUUGCUUGGACACAGGUUAAGUUAUGAAUAUUUCAUGAAUGCAAAGUUUCCUCUGGAACCAAAUUAUUUAAGUGCCUAGAUUAAGGAGGUCAGUUACUUAGCAUGAUGUUUUCCUUUGUAAUAUUGAACUAGCUGUUUAGAUUUUUUACAAAUUCCACAAAUGUUUUACAAUAUUCCCUAUGCACAUGGAAUUCUUGAUCUGAAUAUAAUGAGUAUAGAUGGAGUAUACAGUACAUUACUUUGUGAUCGCAAAUUUUUGUGGUUAUAUCCAUUUUAAUAUGUGAAUUAAGAAAAUGUGUUUAGCUCUCAUGUAAAAAAAAAUAUGGUUUAAAAAUCCUCAGUGACAUGAUUUUGUAAAAACAAUAUUUUAACUUUGAAGGUACAGUACAGUAUAUGAAUAUGUAAAUACAGAAAUAUUUAAAAUAUCUGGAAGUAAAGAUACUCAAUGUUAAUUUAAUGUUUUUCUGUUCAUGUCACGCACACUUUAGGCCACUUCCUUUAUAAAUAGAUUUUAGGAUCACCAGAUUUGUAUAUCUGUUAUAAAAUACUGUAUCUAAUUCAAUAAAUCUGACAACACA